AGGAGAUCUUCCAUGUUUCGGCAUCCAACGAAGCCACAAACACACAUAGGAAAACAUCGAUAAAACGAAUUUAUCAUCAAUCUUCAAAAGAAUAUAAUUCUGUAAAGAACGCAAAAUUCGACAUAAUCGAUUCAACGGAACUAAUAUUCAAACGUUGGGAGCAGAUUUGGGGCUAAAUUAAGCACCAUAGUCCCUUUGCUGAAGUCAUUAGCUGCGCGCAUUUCACCAGUCUGCGGGUUUAAAAUUCUGACAACUCUGAAGGUUUCAACAACUCAGAGGAUUCUGACGAUUCUGAAGUUUUAAUGAGUGAUGAGACAGACUGGACAAUGAGGAGGAGUGUGGUGCGAGGGUCGCGGAUAGCUUUUAUUUGGGGGAUUUUUCUUAUCAGUACCAUAGAAUCUACGACGCUUUGUGUGCAGUGUAAUUCCGGACACGAUGAACACUGCGAGUACAACCCUCCCGCCGCCUCGGACUGUCUGGAGAGAAUCAAUCAACGGAACGGCUGUCUGGUCACCAGAAUAUACACCAAUGGCAAACAGACGGCGUUCAUCAGAAGCUGCUCCGCACUAGACCCCUCGGUUGCUAGGGAAGGGUGUUUCAAUGACACCUCCACCCACAGCCUACUGACCAAGUGUUACAUCCUUUGCUUCCAGGACGGCUGCAAUGGUUCUUACGUUAUUUCCGGUCAUGUUUUUCUUGUAGCUUUUGUCAGUGUUCUUUCUUACUUCAUACAUUACGGUAGAAAUAUUCUCUAAACAUUGUAUUCAAUUAUUUGGGUUUUAAUUCAAAUCCGAAAGAUAUACAUUUACUGAUGCUAUCUUUGAUAUAAUAAAGUUGAAAGUGUCUUCUUUAUUGCUAAAAGUGUUUAAGGAAACAUUCAUUCUCUAGAAAUUAACCAUGAGUUAAGUUUAAAAGUGAUUAUAAAAAGGUACAAGAGACUGUAAUUUUC